AUGAACUCGAUUAAAAAAGAAUUAUCAAAUAUUAUAAGUAAUGAUCGCUUAAGAGAAAUACUUUCUUCUUUGGAAUACAAUAUAGGCUUUCCUGAAGCUGAAAAUACUGCUUUAUUACACACAAUUGCAGUCAACAUUAUACCUACCUUUUGGGAAACUAAAGAGGGAAAUCCUUCUAUUCAUGAUUAUCUGGUUAAUUGCUUUGCAACCUUUCCAGGACUCAAGGUGCUUUGUGCUCGACUAGAUGAAUUCCUAUAUGAUAGUCAACCAAACGCGGGUUUUAUUGGUACAUUGUAUCUGGAUGUUUUGGAAGCUUCAUUCAGAAAAUUGAAUUUAAAGAAAAAUCGAAACAUUUUCAUGACCUCGGAGCUACCUGAACCAAAAAAGCGCUCAGCAUGGUCGAGCUUUACAUUCUUCCUUGGAAAUUUUGGAAUCGUCAACUCGUCUGCAGCUUUUAUCUCGAAAUAUAGUAUUUCGAAAACAUACAGCGUUUCAUCUAUGGCUAACUAUUCUUUGAUCCUGACUAAAAAGAUAGCUAACCUAUUAGAAAGUCAAAAUAGCACGAUCAUCAGCGACUUUUCUGACUUGUACCAUUAUUUGUUACGUCCUGGUCAACAAGAAGCAGCGAUAUGUUCUUUAGUUCCUUGUUUACAUAAAUAUUCACCUUCGUUUCAAAAAUUAUUUCGUUCAUUGAACACUCUAGAUCGCAAUACCUUUUUAACAUACUUGUUUUUGGAAUUGGACAAAGAAUAUUCUUCAUCCACUUAUCAAGAUCCUCAAAUAUCAGAGUUUAUCCCAGGAGCUUUAGCCACAUUGCUUCGACUUAAUUUUCUGCCGAGUGAUUUUUUACAAUGGUUGGAGUUCAACUGGGAGAUACCUCUAAGUCUUUGUUUAAAGCGUUCUGUAGCCCUAAGUUGCUCUGCUUCUUACCACAAAGAAGAUCGUGUGAAGAUGAAGCAGACUGUUCACGCGCUAUUCUCUAUUUGGUCAGCUUCACAAUUCUUAAAAAGGUUUACAAUAGUGUCUCAGGAGAAUUUAACAAUUUAUCUAAUUUUGCUAUUUUCAAAACUCGAAAAAGAAUUCCUUCAUGAGUGCUCAAAGUCGUUCUUGUUCACUAACGGAAUAUCUAAUAGACUUGAAAGCUUAGACGAAAGCAUACGUUUGCAAGGCAUGGUUUUAGCUGAAAUAAUUGCUAAAUACUCUCUUGUAUCAGAAAAUAAAUCGCUCAAAUUUGACGUCCCUUUAAUGGCUACAUCAAAAGCAACCUACUUGAAAAGCUUAAUAGGUUUAGUCGAUCAAUUUCAGUCACUGGAUCUUCUAUCUCAACCUACUGGCUCUGCGAGAAAUGAUAAGAAGCAUGUUACAAAUCAUGAAACUGUUCAAGAGUCAUCCUCCAUUAGUGAAACACUGGAAGAUAAUAACGAUCAUGUCGAUCAAACGUUAGAUAAUGAUGAUUUUCAACCGUAUGAUAUUAAUGAUUCUGAGAGCGAAGAUUCGGUCGACGAUCCUACCCUUUCAAAAACGAAGGUAGAUACACCAAAGUACAUACAAAGUUUGUGUCGGUUAUUACUAGAUACUGAAAGUUAUGAUAAACAAAAGGUAGCCCUUGAGGCUGCCCCUGAGUUGAUACAAAGGAAGUCGAUGUUUGGAACAGAAGUUAAAGAUCAUGCUAAGUGGUUACUAGAAAUUUUGGUUGGGCUUCAAGAUCGAUUUGAUUUACCAAACUUUGAUCGAUUACAGCUUUCUUCGUUGUGCAAUCUCCUUUCCGCCUGUCCGGAGAUUUGCGGUCCGGAAAUAUGUACUAUAUUAUUUAUUGGUGAUUUUUCUUUACGGCAAAAGACUUUGAUAUUAUCAAGUAUAGCUAUGGCUGCGGUUUCUUUAGCUAAUGAUGAAACUAAAUUCGAAUUUCCCACAAAAAAAUUACCUGACGCACUUCAUAAUCAAUUUUUCUCUAUUACACUUGAUAGGUUGAGUUUUGAUUUUGAAAAGAAACUUACGAUGCCGAUUAUGGAAGAAUACGAAGGUGAAAUUAGGGGACCUAAGCCAUUACAGACUAGAAUUAUUUCCAGACAAACGGAAAUUGAGUCACGCAGGCGCUCUCCUAAGGCUAAUAAACUGUCUAAAAUAGUCGAUAACUCCUUAUUUUUGUUACUGACUAAUGGCUUUAUGAUGGCAGUCAAGCGUUCCUCGUUUACUGAUCCUUUGUUUUUGGUAUACUAUUUGAAAACUAUGGGAAUAUUAUUUUCACAAAGCUGUAACUCAAAGCUUGAAGGAUUAAACCGAAUGAUAGAUGAGUAUAUUACUGUCUUAACCGAAGUUUGUCGUCUCAAAGCCGAAAGCCCUGAAGUCAACGAAUCACUUUUGUUUAAUUUUUUGGCUAUUUUGGAAUUAACUCCUGGCUCUUUGUUAGCUUCACAGCACGGAAAGUCGCUAUUGGGCUUCGAAGCGUAUACACAAUAUUUGUUUAAUUCCGCUGACAGUGGGGAGAAAGUAAAGUCAGUUGCCGCAAUGGUGUUACUUGAAUUUGAAAAAAGAAUGAAAGAUUACAGAAGUCUCGCACUAGAAAAGAUACUUGACGAUUCGUCUAAUUUAUCGUUAGGAAGAUUUGGUUUAGCCGGAAUUUAA